CAGUUUGGGACGCUGCACGGCAACGAAACUUUGUAUCCCGCGGCGCUCGCGGAGAUGUCACGCGUGCUGCGCCCCGGCGGUUUGGCCGUGCUCUUGACCAGCCAGGAGAACCGCGAGGUCAUGCAAGCUGCUUUAUCUGCAAAUGCGCUGGGCCAAGUCUGGUCCACGGAGCAUCGCCGCAGCUUCCGGCUGUUCGUUAAGACAGACGCCUGCAUCUACCUGCUUCGCCGCACCGCUGCCCCGCCUGCGCGGCACGCUGAAGCUGUUGAGGGCACGCGCACUGCACUGGCGGAGCUGCGGGCAGCGGGCCCUGCGCCUCGUGCCAGGGGAGGUUAUCGCUUCGCAGGCUCUGCAG